GUUUAUCAUUCGGUUUCGAUUAAUUUUAGAGAACGAAUGAGGUUGCCUUAUUUGAUAAUUACAAAGAUUUUAUAAAUUAAAAGUUACUAAAAAAAACGUGCAUAAUGCCAACAAUAGGUGUAAAAAGAGAUUUAUUAUUUGAAGCACUAGGAAAAAGUUAUACCGAUGAAGAAUUUCAAACGUUAUGCUUUGCAUUUGGUCUAGAAUUAGAUGAAGUAACAACAGAAAAGCAAAUGUUAACCAAAGAACAAGGUGAAGUAGAUGCCGCAAAAGAUGCUUCUGAAGAAAUUAUUUAUCGAAUUGAUAUUCCUGCAAAUCGAUAUGAUUUACUUUGUCUUGAAGGACUAACAACUGGUAUCAAAGUAUUUCAAGGAAUCAUAAAGCCGCCUAAAUUUAUUAAGGUUGAACCCAAAAAUGGACCAAAAACAAGACAAGAAUUGAGAAUAUUGCCAAAUACAAGUAAAAUUCGGCCAUUUGCUGUAGCAGCCGUGUUAAGAAAUAUUCAUUUCAAUCAAGAUUCUUACAACAGCUUCAUAGAUUUACAAGACAAGUUACAUCAUAAUAUAUGCCGUAAAAGAACUCUGGUUGCAAUUGGAACACAUGAUUUGGAUACAAUCCAAGGUCCUUUUACGUAUAAUGCAAAAGCUCCUGAGGACAUUAAAUUCAUUCCCUUAAACCAAAGUAAAGAAAUGACCGCUACAGAACUCAUGGAGUUUUAUUCCACUCAUGCCCAACUCAAACAGUACUUGCCAAUUAUUCGAAGUUCUGCGGUUUAUCCGGUUAUAUAUGAUGCGAACGGUGUAGUUUUGUCUCUACCACCUGUGAUAAACGGUGAUCAUUCAAAAAUUUCUGUUAAUACAAGAAACGUAUUUAUAGAGUGCACCGCAACCGAUUUAACAAAGGCUAUUGUAGUUCUAGAUACAAUAGUGUGCAUGUUUUCAUCUCAUUGUGCUAAGCCAUUUACCGUUGAGCCAUGCAACGUUAUUUAUCCUAAUGGAGAAAUAUCAACUUUUCCAGAACUUAAUUAUCGAACCGAAAAAAUUUCACCAAAACAAGCAAACGGACGCAUUGGAAUUGAUCAAACACCUGAAGAAAUCGCUCAACUCCUAACGAAAAUGUAUUUGGAAACGGAACUUGAUGCUGAUAAAGAUCUUAUAGUUCAAAUUCCUCCAACGAGACAUGAUGUAAUUCAUGCUUGUGAUAUCUAUGAAGAUGUUGCGAUUGCAUAUGGAUAUAAUAAUAUCAAAAAAUCUUUACCGUCUUUUAUGCAUAUAGCUAAACAAUUUCCUUUGAAUAAAUUAACCGAUCAAUUGAGAGAACAUAUAGCACAGGCAGGUUUUACUGAAGGUUUGACAUUUACUUUGUGUUCCAGGGAUGAUAUCGCAACAAAAAUGAAUAAAAAAAUCGAAAAUAUUCCAGCUGUUCAUAUUUCAAAUCCAAAAACUUUAGAAUUUGAAGUAGUACGAACAACAUUGAUACCGGGAUUGUUGAAAACUCUUUCGGCCAAUAAAAAAAUGCCUUUGCCUUUAAAAUUAUUUGAAAUCACUGAUUGUGUAGUUACAGAUGAAGGGAGUGAGGUUGGUGCCAGAAAUGAACGUCGUCUUUGUGCUAUUAAUUGCAAUAAAUCUGCUGGAUUUGAAGUUGUGCACGGUUUAUUAGAUAGGGUAAUGCAACUAUUAGAAAUACCUUGGAAAAAAGAUAAUGGUUAUCAUUUGGAAGCAAGUGAAGAUCCAGCUUAUUUUCCUGGUCGAUGUGCUGAUAUUUUGUAUCGUAAUAUUGCGAUUGGUAAAAUUGGUGUACUUCACCCAACUGUCUUGCAUGCAUUUGAAUUGACUCAUCCAUGUUCAGUUGUCGAAAUUAAUAUUGAACCUUUUGUUUAAAAUUUAUAAAAAAGACAAAUUAAUGUAAUUUCAUAUUAAUUUAUUUCAAAUAUACAGUUAAUUUUGAAAACGA